AUGGUGAAUGCCAAACAUGUCGCCUUUACAGUCAACAAGCAGACUCCAUUCUUGCAGACUCCAGAUCAAGCCUAUGCGACCGUAAUCAACUGUCGGCGGCCAGGUGGGAAGCGCGCGGGGCUGGCGCACGAGGUGCGAUCUCACAAUGUGCCCUUGGCAAUGGUCGAAGGCAGUCUGAAGCGCAAGCGGGGCGACGAGGGCAGAAAGGACUCUGAGCAGGCGGCAAACCCUGCCAUCUACUUCGGAAACAAUGCGACGACUCCACUCGCUGCGGCACCGGCCCGCCAACAGCUAAAUCAACAGUGGCAGCAGCGCAAGCCGACGAGGUUACGGCGGGGCAAGAUCUUGUCCAAAGGCGUCGACUUGGACUGCUGGUUCAUAAUACUGUCAUAUUCGGACCCUGCGCAGCUCCUGGAAAUGCGUAGCAAGAUUGCCUCAUGCUAUCGGUUUUUGCGGGAUAACCCCAUGCUCUGGAAGCAUAGCAGGGAUUACUACUACGGAAACGACAUGCCGGACCCACCUCCAGGUCUCACGGAGUUCCAGUUCGCCCACCUGCGCCAUGGGCAUGGCUGUAUGGAUUGCGGUGCGCCAAACACUCGCAAGACAUUCUGGGCUUUUCUACGUCGCAUGUGCAAAGACUGCCUCAACAAUCAAGUCGUCAAGGAAUAUGAUGCAAUUGCCCAGCUAAGGGGCCUGAACGGUGAAGACGUUUCCUACAUCCGUGCUGCUCUGCCCAGCGGCAUCUUCGAUUCUUGGGGCAACUUCGUUGGCGUGGGGCCAGCAAGUACGCAUGCUUUGAAGACCAUCUACUUGCGGUCAGAUGUCGACAAACUUGUUGCCGAAUUCCACAAGGAGUCGAGAGAGAGAGCCCCUAAUACAGAAGAGACUGCCACAUGGUGGGCUGAAUGGUUGGCUGCAAAGGCUAAGCAUGUAGAAGAGCGUCAGAUAUUUGCAAAGAAGAUGGAGCAGUGGGAAGAGAUGCAGCGAACGGCUAGGACGUCCGACUACAACGCAAAGAAAUCGCGCCGCAAGAACUUCUUCAAAGAGAAGGCGUUGCAGUUAACUCCGCCCAUCAGUGUUAAAGAGCUAGAGGCUUGCCCGGCCUACAAGCGUGCCAUCACUAUCCCCAAAGACCCCAACAACACAUCUUGGGAUCUUCUCAAGCCCAAAAUCGUCAAGGAAGCAGCCGAGAACGCAGCCAAGAGGAACAUUGAAGAUUCGCGGCCGCCAACAGCAUCCAACUCUGGCAUGUCCACGCCCACCAGCAGCUUAGACGGUUACCCACACACGCAUCCCUAUCUCGGCAUGAUUAUGGGUAUGCCUCCGCACAACGGUCACUUGUAUUGA